UUUAUGCGCAGUAUUUUUUCUGUAAAACUUAUUUUUUAUUUUGCGGGUCAAGCAGUGACACCGCAGCUGGCACGGGCUGUGUGACUGUGAACCAGAGGGGAGUGAACGCAGAAAGGCUUGGGGAGUGAAAGUCUGCGUUAGGCGAGUCUGCCAGGGCUAUAAUGCCAGUUCAGGCCUGUAUGCCCCGUUAGUUCACUGAAAUUCUCAACUUAUUUAGAAAUGAAUCCAAACAAAACAGCGUCUUUUGGUCACAUUUUGGUGAUUAGUUUUUGACACUCGGGGUAUACGGCUCGAUAUCUUCUUUAAAUCACGUAGAAUAAUAAAAUUACAUUUGCUGAAGGCUGCAAGUCUCAGUUUGCAUCAAAAUGCUCAUAGUAUAAAAAGUUAGGUUAUAUUGGCAAUUUCAGUGUUGGUCGCAUAUUGCAACCAAAGAGGCCUUACUGACGCACGAACAAUGGAAACCGAUAUGGACGCAUCUGGCAAAUUAAUAGAGUGGUGUGUUUGUUCCAAAGGGCGACCUGCUGCCAUAAAUCUUGUUUAAAAGAAGAAAAAAAGUGUUAUCUCGCUAUGUAUGGAGAAGCACAAGGUGCAUGUGCAGCUCAACAAUAACGCCCGUCAUCUCUUGGCACUGUCACCUUUACGCACACUGCUGCAAUAGGCCGUAAUGAGAUAAUCUGCUCAAAGUUAGAUUCAGAUUCAACGCGUUAGUUACCGGCACCGUGCGCAUUAAUUCGUAAAUGGCAAGGUCGGCUCGGGAGAAGAGAUGACAGUGCAAACUAUGUGUUAUUUGCACUGAGCGAGGCCCUAUACUAUAGCGUUGACACCUAAAGGGAUUUGCAACGCAGGAAAGUCGCUAUCCGAAGUUCUGAAAUCAAGCCAGGCUGGAUCUUUAGAGUCAUGGCAGAGAAAGGAGUGCAGAGCAUGCUGCAGCAGGAGGACAAGACAGGAAAAGGCCGUAAGGCAGAGAACAAAGACCACUGUGUGGCAUGUGAGCACCACGCACCCAAGGGACAUGGCACAAUGGCUGUCCCUCCUGCAUACUCAGACCUGGGGAAAUCUGCCAAAGACAUCUUCAGCAAGGGCUAUGGCUUCGGAGUGGUCAAACUGGACCUGAAGACCAAGUCCCAGAGUGGAGUUAUGGAGUUUGCGACCUCUGGCUCCAACAACACAGACUCAGGGAAGUCAGCGGGCCACCUGGAGACCAAGUACAAAGUGAAGGAGCUCGGCCUGAGCUUCAACCAGAAAUGGAACACAGACAAUACCCUGACCACAGAAAUCACCAUGGAGGACCAGCUGGCUAAGGGCUUGAAGCUGGCUAUGGAUACGUCAUUUGUGCCCAACACCGGCAAGAAGAGUGCCAAGCUGAAGACGGGCUACAAGCGUGAGUACAUCAACCUGGGCUGUGACCUGGACUUCGACAUGGCUGGUCCCACGAUCCACACGGCCGCUGUGCUGGGCUACGAGGGCUGGCUGGCCGGCUACCAGAUGGCUUUUGACACUGCCAAAUCUAAACUGACCCAGAACAACUUCGCCCUGGGAUACAAGGCCGCAGACUUCCAGCUUCACACCAAUGUGAACGAUGGCACAGAGUUCGGUGGCUCCAUUUACCAGAAGGUGAACAGCAACUUAGAGACAGCCGUCAGCCUGGCUUGGACAGCUGGCAGCAACAACACACGCUUUGGAAUUGGAGCCAAAUACCAGAUAGAUAAGGAUACCUCCCUGUCUACCAAAGUCAACAACGCCUGCCUCGUUGGAGUUGGCUACACACAAAGCUUGAGGCCAGGAGUGAAGCUCACCCUCUCAGCUCUGAUCGAUGGGAAGAACUUCAACGCUGGCGGGCACAAGGUGGGCAUGGGCUUCGAGCUGGAGGCGUAAGGAUUCAGGUGGACGUCUGACGGGAGAGGAAAGCAACAAAGGAGAAGAAAAAGAAAAGUGCCCAAAUGUGACACCACCUCCAAAAAGUCCACUCAGCAACACUUUAACACAUCUCCCCUCUCUGAAUCCUGCACACACACACACAAACAGACACACGCACUCAUACAUGCAUGCACACACGCACACAGACACACACACAGACACUUGCAUUCUUUGGCCUUACACCCACCCAGACCUUCAGUACUGUAUUUAAAAAGGAAUCAAGGAUCAUUUAUUUUGGUUAUUUUUAGCUUCCACGUUAUUCAGUCUCCAGAGCAAUACCAACUUUGAUCUAUUUAUCACGAUACACCCAAAGAACAGUAAGAAAUUCCUGCAUAAGAUCCUCCUCUCCAAAUAACGUGCUACUUUUGACCAGUCUGACCAGACAAAGUGCACUGUGUCGUCAGUAGAGCGUAUGUCCUGGUCUCUCAGACAUAUCGUCUGUGUUCUUUAUGGGAUGAGAUUUGAAGCACCUUCCUAGUUCGACUGUGUGGUCAGCUCUCUUUUCCUCAGAUCAUGUAUCCGAUCUACUUCUUUUGAUUUUUUGACAGUAACGAGAUUAAUAGAGGAUGCUUGUUUUGUUAUGUUGUGGUGUUUUUUGGUGCAUGCUCUCAAAGCCAGAGGGAAGUGUUCAGUUUUUGACUUUUCGUUGUCACAUUGACAAGUACAGCGACCGUACACGGAUGCAAUAAAGCUCAUGUAAGAGGACUAAGCAGAAAAGACAAAGAGCAACUCAUCUUUCUUCAGAUUGAGUCAACCGAUACUGAUUGAUUCCACCGUUCAACCUCAGUAGCACAGUAAAGACGAACUGUGUAAACUCAGUUACCUAAAAAUCUCUAUUUUUCUGGUCCUGUUUUUCAACGGCCGAUGACUAUUUGGACGUCUCUGUCAUCUCUUUGUCUUGUCUCUUUUUGUGUCCUGUACCUGUUAAACUGUUACCACUACCAUUUCACUCUGUCUGUGCUGUGCUUUGAAUAGGGAAUAUAGCAAGCCUUUAGGACCUCCAACUGAUUUUAUUGAAUUCAUGGAAUAAAGAAUGUCAAACACU